AGCAGUGCUAGUUUCUUCUCACUGCAGACCCAAGCCAGCAAACAACCGACACUUCAACUAUUUUUUUUGAAAAAUCUACUCAGUACGAGGGGCCAACAAUGAAGCUGUUAGCAUUGCUGGCGUGUAUCACGCUGUACGUUGGGAUCUCCAAUGCCCACAACUACGACCCAUGCCCAACAUACUGGCUGAAAAAUGGCAAAUCUUGCUAUCGGUACUUCGGCCAGCUUUCGAACUGGAUAACUGCCGAGAAUAUCUGCAGGAUGUUCUCGGGAUGUUCCGGCGGAAUUGGCCACCUCGUCUCCAUCAAUGAUGCUGCGGAGAAUGACUUCGUUUUCAACCUUGUGAAGGGUAUUACGGGGGGAAACGUUCCACCCCCAACGUGGCUCGGUGGGAGACGCUAUGCCGCAACCCAGCUAUGGCAGUGGAGCGACGGCACAACCGUUAGCCCGUACAAUGCAUGGGCCCAAGGCCAAGCACCGCAGCAACAGGGCAGAAAUUGCAUGGUUUUCAGCGAAACCGCGCUGCCAACUUGGAGAGACAUCAAUUGCCGAAACGAAAUGUUCCCGUACAUUUGCGAGAUGCAAGCAAAUGUUCCAGUUGACCCCAAUACGUGUGCUACCGGCGGGACAGGAACCGGAACAAACCCAUCCGCCCAACCAGUACCUUUCCGCUACACAAAGUCAGGGAAUGUAGAACAACGCAGAGUAAGUGAGCCAUAGAGCGAGACGUCUAAAGAAAACAAUCGUUACAAACUCCGAAACACAUCAUUAUAAAGCAGGAGCGACUGCGUUCAAAUAGGAAACGUGGAGCAAAACAGGAGUGUCUUCAUCAAACUGCAGUCGUCUUUUAUUGACCCUUGAACUUCGACCUUUGAGGAACAGUUCAAACAUUGUUUGGAUGGCCGUAUAAGAUCCCUUCAUGCGUCACUGCCCAGACUGUGUCAAUGACUUUCUCAAUUACUCACCUUUAAACUUUAACAAAAUUACUGGAAGAGGUUAUGAACAUGACGUCAUUUUAGUAUGGCGCCCUCAUUGGCCAUUCCCUGUGCCUCUAAGAUGGCAGCUUAAUGACGUCAAUGCAUAAUGUCCAUUGUUUACUCUCUUUUUUAAAUCCAACAUCAACAAAGUUGCCUUUUGAAGAUUCUGUCUAUAAUCGGACACCAAAUGUGCAGCCAUUUCUAGUUCCACUCAUUUGUAAAUUAAAAAGAGAACAAAAUUAUUAAUUGGGAAAGAGAAAACGAUUGUGGUACCCUUUAUGCCUCAAUGAUUAUUAAUGUAAUCAUGAUGUUGUUUAUUUGGAGUCUGACCAAAAUGUCUGUAGCUUGAUAAUGAUGUGUGAUGUGCCAUUUUUGUUAACAGGAAAUAAUCGAUGACGUCAGAUCGUUGGUCAUUUUGCAGUUCAAACAACAACAUAAUUCAAAACCCAAAGUUUUCUCAACUUUUUUGUCAUCCAAAUUACAAAAAUUAAGCUGAAGUUGCACAUUCUAGAAAAGAAAAAUUACUGCAGAUAAGUCUUACACCCUUUGGGUAAAUGUUGUAACUUUAGUCUCUUUAUGAACCCAAGUUUUAUUUUGAGAGCACUGUUGCCUAGAUGUUGUUUCUCCAACUAGAAAAUAAUGAUCAAAAUAAAAUUUAAAAAAGUGAUAAUAUUUCAGUA